GUGUGUAAGUAAUACAGUGUGUAAGUAAUACCGUGUGUAAGUAAUACUGUAUAUCUGGGAUGUUCUAAGAAUUCCUCCCAACCCAUUCCUCUUUCUCCUUCCUUCCUUCCUCUCCUCCCUCCCUCCCAGGUUGGCACGCUGCCCAUGCUGAACCCCAACGCACAGCCAUGCCUUCCCACAGAAGCCAGAGCCUUUGCCCGCUAUUUUGGGCCGGUGCUUUUCUCCUUGGUGUUUGUGGUGGGCCUGGUGGGCAACAGCUCUGUGCUGACCAUCUUGGGCCGACGCCGGCGGUCCUGGCGCUUUGCUGACCAUUACCUCUUCCAGCUGGCGGUGGCCGACCUCCUCCUGGUCUUAACCCUGCCUUUCCGAGCUGCCCAGAUGGUCCAUGGCUGGAGCUUUGGGGAAUCCCUCUGCAAGCUGACAGAAGGUCUCACCACCAUGAACGUCUACACCAGCAUCCUCCUCCUGACCUACCUCAGCAUCGAACGCUACUUCGUGGUGGCCAAGGGCGCCGCUCCCACCUUCUUCGUGAAGCUAUCUCACAUCUAUCUGACUUCGGCCUUUUUCUGGGCCGUCGGCAUUGCGUUCUCCACCGUGGACCUCCGAUUCCGGACGGUCACCUACGUAUGGGAAGCCAUGUCUCUCGUCUGCCAGCUGGACCUGGAGGUCCAGGAUGCCGAGUCCUGGAAACUGGGGCUCCAACUGUUUUUCUUCCUCCUGGGUUUUUGGUGGCCCGUCCUAGCCAUGGUCUACUGCUACCUGCGGAUUUUCAUCAAGCUCCACCAGGCGGGUCUUCUGCGCAAGCAUUUGCCGCUGAGCCUCCUGGUGAUCAUCUGGGUAUCCUUCAUCGCCUGUUGGGCCCCUUUCCAUUCCUUGAUGCUGGUGGAUCUCUCUCAACGCCUGGGUUACUUGAGGAGGCACUGUGGAUGGGAGAAGGUCUUGGAUUAUGGCCUGCUGAUCUCCAAGUGUUUAGCCCUGACCCACUGCUGCCUCAAUCCCUUGGUCUACGCUUUGGGAGGGGCGAAGUUCCGAAGGGAACUUUCUAGAAUCUUCCGCGGGAGUCGCCAAACCAGGCCUCACCGUUCGGUUAGUGAGGACUUUAGCCAAAUGACCGACUGCAGGGCCCUCCGUGACGUGGAUUACUCCGUCAUGAUCUGAGGGCUGCGCGGCC